AUGGACAAAAGCGAGCCAUUUGUAUACGACGAGGUGUAUGACAAAACGCCAAAGCAGAGUCCCCAAGGCAACCAGACGUGGCCGAUGGAUAAGAUCCGGAAGAGCCGUUUUCAACCAAAAAUGUCGUCACUUUUGAGUCCGGUGACUCCUAAAAGGAACUAUACCAUUAGCAAUGCAAAGUCUCUCCUGAUGCAAUGCUUACGGGACUCAAAAUCAGAUCCUCUCCCUCGUAGGCGCUUCCCGGUUUCAUGCUCAGAUGAAGGAAUCUUGAUGGAUGGUGUUCUCGUCACAUCGGCCACUUCUGGAAAGAAGGUGUCCAGCUCUCUCGGAUGCUCAGGGGGUUCUUCAAUCUUCCAGAAGCAACACAAGAAAUAUGAGUUUAGCAGCCCAAAAAGCCAAACAGGAACAAACCUGCAGGAAACCACUGGAUUUCAGGAAUCUUCAGCUGAAAAGGAAAAGAUGUUGACAAUUAGUCCGUGUACACCAAAGGCUGCUAAUUCAUCAAAAUUGCAAGCUUCUGCGGAGCCAUUCACCCCCACACCGAGGUCUCCACCAAGACAAGCUUCUCCUUUUCCACCCCAGCAACUACCAUAUGAUCAUUAUAACCCGCUGUGUCCAUGGGAUCAUCCCCUGCACCUGCAGGCGUGCUCGUACUUGCACCGGCCUCGGCCUCCGUUCUACGUUUAUCAGAGACCACUACUUCUUCCGGUCUUACCCCAUGGGUCUAAAAUCUAUCAGCUAGAUUGUGCGACCAACUUUCCAAGCCUCACUGGCGACCCAACAACAACCAGAAUGUCACUACUUCCCACAACACCUCCCUCUAGCCACCCCAACACAAACACCAGCGAGCCACCUGUCCACACUCCCUUAUCUACUCCUCCUACAGCUAAUCUCAGCACCAGUAGUACCAGCAGCACCACCACCCAUGGCUCCUCACCUACUGUUGAUGGACUCGACACAGUGACAGAAAAACUAGACUUCUCUGACGAGCUUGAAACAAUGACUCGAGAACCAGACCUCUCUUCUCCACCUUCUGAUGGACUUGAUACAGUGACGCAAAUACCGGACUCGUCGUCACCUUCUGAUGGACUUGAUGCAGCGACGCACAAUCCAGACUUGUCUUCACCAUCUGAUGAGCUUCAAACAGUGGCGCAAAAUCUAGACUUGUCACCUUCUGUUGGACAUGAAACCGUGACGACAAAGACAGACUGGUCACCUUCUGAUGAUAAACUCCCAACAUUCACACAAGAAGAAAAUGAUUUUACGAAAUCACAGGGCAGGGUCCUGCCAGAUAGUGCUUUCCAGCUUUACAAAUUUAGAGGAAGCAGAAUGUCAUGUUUCAAAGAUAUUUGCACAGAGGUGGAGGAGGAGGACCAGUAA